UCAUCUCCUUGUUUCCAAGAAUCCCCCCACACUCGAACGCUCGAUCGAAUCGGCUGACCAUCUCGAAACACACUCAAGGCUACUUGGACAUUUAAAGGAAAUCAGAUCGAUCUUCUACUCGGAUAACUUGCUGAGAUGCGUUACUAUCGGCCUAGGUUCCCGGAACCGGAUGAACUGGUGAUGGUUCAGGUCAAACAAAUCCAAGAGAUGGGCGCUUAUGUUAAAUUGCUCGAGUAUGAUAACAUCGAAGGAAUGAUCCUCUUGUCCGAAUUGUCCCGUCGACGUAUCCGUUCGAUUCAGAAGUUAAUUCGAGUGGGCAGGAACGAAGUAGUGGUGGUUAUGAGGGUUGACAAGGAAAAAGGUUAUAUCGAUCUAUCAAAACGGCGUGUAUCUGCUGAAGAUGUUGUAAAAUGUGAAGAACGGUAUAACAAAUCAAAGACUGUAUCUUCGAUCGUUCGACAUGUUUCCGAGAAGACCGAAUUGGAUAUGGAGACGAUCAACGAAAUGGUAGCCUGGCCACUAUUUGAGAAGUACGGACAUGCAUUUGAUGCCUUCAAGCUGAGUAUAACGGAGCCGGAUACAGUGUUUGGAGAUUUGAACAUACCCGAGAACGUGAUGACUCAUCUGACUAGCAACAUUGCCCGACGAUUGACCCCUCAGCCUGUCAAGGUUCGAGCAGAUAUCGAGGCAACUUGUUUUGCAUACUCGGGCAUUGAUGCGAUCCGAACCGCGCUGAAAUUGGGAGAAUCAAUUGGAACGGAAUCCGUGCCGAUCAAAAUCAGAUUGGUUGCGCCUCCGUUGUACGUGAUGGUCAGUAAUGCUACCGACAAACAAGGGGCCAUCGAACUGCUCGAAACUGCUAUUGAAAGGAUCGGUGAAAGUCUCAAGAAGGAUGGCGGUCAGCUUGUUGUCAAGAUGAAGCCCAAAGCUGUCUCCGAGACAGAUGACCUGGAAUUGGCUGCGCUGAUGGAGCGGGUUGCAAGAGAGAACAAGGAGGUAUCAGGAGAUGAAGAUAGCGAUGCUGAUUAAAUUCCAUCCGCAAAGAAAAACUAAAAUUGGUCGAUAAAAUGAUCAGCUAUGAUAUAGGAUUAAAAGUUGUAAACACACAUUCAUUCAAGUAGCGGAAAAAAACCUCCACCGACCAUUAUAGCGGGAAAAAAAAACGACCGACCACCAUACAUUUGCCAGAUAUCCAUUUUUUUCCUUGUUUCCUUCCUCCCAAAUGAGCAUGUUCUAAUGUCUUGCUAAUCAUUACAUUGCUUGUCUCUAGAAGAUAAGAAUUAAGUUAUUUCGGUUGGUUUCCGUCAUAUCUUGCCCCUCUUAUUCAACGAUC